AUGUGGAGACGCUCUCUAUUAGAUGUUAGGGUCAAGCGGAGUGCAGACGUCGGCAGCGACCAUCACCUGGUGACAGCACUCAUCAAGAUCAAACUGAAAAAAGCUAAGGCAAGACCUAAGACACAAGCGCGAUUUGAAAUUCAGAGACUUAAUCGACCAUCACCUGAUGAAACUAUUGCCAUACCAGAGGCCACAGAGGAUCUGGACAUUGACACUGACCCACCAACUAAGGAUGAGAUAAUGGAUGCAAUCAAGACCCUUAAGAACGAGAAGUCACAAGGGUGUGACAAUCUUGAUGCAGAGCUAUUUAAGGCGGACCCUGGAAUAGCAGCCUCCAUCCUCCAAACACUGUUAACAGCUGUUUGGGAUGGAGAGAAAGUGCCUGACGACUGGUUUAAGGGGGUCAAUGGUAAAGAACUACGCCAGACGGACAACUUUAUUCACCUGGGUGGCAUCAUUAAACCAGAGGGCGACACAAAAGAGGAUAUCCACAGCAGACUGGGCAGGGCCAGGGGAGUAAUUAGAGAAAUGAAUAACAUCUGGAGGUCUGCAAAGUACAGCACCAGCACCAAGCUGAAGCUUUACCAGAGCUGUGUUAUAUCAACUCUCCUAUAUGGAUCGGAAUGCUGGCGAAUAACAGAGGCAGAUCUCACCAAUUUACGAUCCUUCCACACCAUAUGCCUCCGCCGAAUACUUAGGAUAUUCUGGCCUGAGAAGGUUACUAAUGAAGACCUGCUGAGCAGGUGCAUAAAAGAGGACAUGGGUACAAUCAUUACCAAAUGCCGAUGGAGAUGGAUAGGGCAUGUUCUAAGAAAAAAACCCUAG